AUGUGGUCCUACGUGCAGCGUCGACAUAUCCGCCGAAUUGUCCGAGAUGAGCUCCUCCAGAGGACAGAAGCUUCAGAAAAGCCCGGGAGAACAACACUGCCUCUACGUGCCCCCGAUCGCAACGCUCCAUCCUCACCGAAGAAUACCAUAUCCGCGCCCCCAUCGACGCACGAUCGAUCGCCCACCGAUCUAGAAAGACAGAGAGAAACAAAUGCACCUCCAGACGAAAAGGAGAGCGACGUGAUAAUAGUGCGGGCUUCCGGACGGGAAGACCCCCUCGAUCCGCGCAACUGGUCCCUGGUAGCAAGAUGCAAGAACAUCUUCAUCCUCUCGCUCCUGAUCUUCGUCCAGGGCUGGGCCGGUGCGGCCGAUUCGAUGGCCAACGCACAGGCGAGUCGAGAAUUUGGCGUUAGCCAGGUCGCCGAGAAUCUGUCGACAGCCAUGUACCUGCUCGGCGUGGGCAGCGGGGCGGUAUUUGCCGGUCCCUUUUCGGAAACGUUUGGGAGGAACCCGACGUACCUUGGGUCGACCUUUUGCUACCUGGGCUUUGUUCUGGGGUCCGCCUUGACGCCUACGUUCGGAGGCCAGCUGGCAUGUCGGUAUUUUGUCGGUCUCUUCGCGAGCGCUACGUUGAGCAUCAACGGCGCAAGUGUGAGGGAUCAGUUCUACCCCGUGAAGAGGGCAUGGGUAUUUCCCAAGAUAGCAUGGGCAAAUGUUGCAUCGCCUGUUCUAGCCCCCGUGGCCGGCGGCUGGAUAGUCUCGAACCCCCGACUGGGUUGGCGCUGGACCGAGUGGAUAACCCUGAUCAUAUCGAGCUUCGCCUUCAUAAUUGCGCUACUCUUCCUGCCGGAAACAUACCUCCCACUUCUCUUGGACUGGAAAGCAAAGGAACUUCGCCACGCCACCGGAGACACGCGCUACACUUCCGAGCACGCCAAGUCGAAAGGCUAUUUCAAAACCCUCAAAAGAAAUCUCCCUCUGACCCUCGUUUUCGCCAGAACAGAGCCGGCAAUCAUAGUUCUCGGGAGCUACCUCGUCCUACUUUACAUCCUCCUCUUCACUUUCCAGUCCGGCUUCGACUACAUCUUCAGAGAAACCUACCAAUUAUCCACAGGACUCACGGGCUCCUGCUUCGCGGCCGUCGCGGCGGAUCCCGGCUCGAACCCGAGUAUAGACUAUGGCCGGCCGCCGUAA